UAUAAUCCGGACCUGCAUCACGCGCUCAUAAUCAAGAGCGCCAUCGUGCCAAGUAUAGGCCGGAAUGGAGAUCCAUCACGGUAAAACCCAUACGUAAACGCUGUCGGAAGCUGCAUUCCCGAUCCGAUGAAUGUUGAUAAGGACGACCCGUCUAUGAAAAGGCAUAUUUCCGUUGUCCAAAGUGAUGGACUCGACAAUCUGACGAUGGCAGAAGGGGAGAUGCCAGUUCCACCUGAAGAUGAAGUCUUGGUUGAAGUACUGACUGUCUCAUUGAACUAUCGAGACACGGAAGUCGUUAUGAGCCUCUAUACUCAUCACCAAUCAGCGAACUCGCCGACUGCCCUCGUCCCCUGCUCCGACAUGUGCGGCGUUGUUCUGGCAGUCGGUCCAUCAUCUUCACCGAGCCCUCUCAAGGUGGGCGAUCGUGUUGUUUCAACCUUUGCUCCAAAACAUCUUACGGGCCAGGUCAAUGCGGAGAUGUUAGGUUUCGGACUAGGUGGCCCAAACCCAGGCGUUUUGACCACUCAUCGCGUUUUCCCAACUUACGGCCUUUUGAAGGUGCCUGAGUAUCUGACGGAUGAGGAAGUCUGUACUCUGCCAAUCGCUAGUAUGACUGCUUGGAUGUCUAUCAACGGUAUGAGGCCAAUGGGUCAGACAGGUGGUAAAGGGGAGGUAGUCCUAUUGCAGGGCACAGGUGGUGUGAGUAUAGCGGGUUUACAGAUAGCCAAUGCUGCUGGUGCAAUAGCCAAAGCCCUAGGUGCCACACACACGAUAAACUACACCACAACCCCCAAAUGGGAGCAAGAAGUCCUCAAACUCACCUUCGACUACGGCGCCGACAUCAUCUUCAAGCUCGGUGGCGCACGAACUCUCCGAAAAAGCUUCGAUUGCGUCGCUUUCGGCGAAGACGAUCCCGGAGAUCGAUUGAAUACAAACGUGCUUGCGUUGCGGCGGAACGUCACGUUGGGGGGGAUUCUGAAUGGACCCAAAGAUCGAUUCGAGGAGAUGUUGGGGUUCUAUGAGGAACAUGGUAUUCGUCCUGCCGUUGAUAAAGUCUUCCCGUUUGAGGAGAGUAAGAUAGCGUUGAAAAAUCUCUUUGGUGGAGGGCAUUUUGGGAAGGUUAUCGUGAGAGUGAAGGAAUAG